AUGCCACAGAUUCAGAAGGCGGCUGAUAAAGCAAGCGCAGCGGUGGCAAAUCUUGCCAGGCUUAUGUCUAAUAUAAAAGGUCCCAGAGCAAGUAAGCGGAAAACACUGAUGAGUGUGGCUCACUUGAUAUUACUAUAUGGAGCAGAGAUUUGGGCUGACGCACUUGAUGUGCAAAAAUACCAAAACCGAAUGGUCUCGGUACAGAGACGAUGCGCGAUGCGUAUAGCGAGUUCUUAUCGAACUGUCUCUGCGCCUGCAGUAUUGGCUGUAGCGGGAGUAGCUCCUAUUACUCUUCUUGCUAGAGAGAGAAAAAGAAUAUAUAAUAGGUGUCAAACAGAAAAUGAUUGUUCACUAAUCAAAACAGAAGAGAGACUUCAAACACUUGCGGAAUGGCAACAACAAUGGAUCAUCGACUCUGGAGGAAGAUGGACUGCAGGCCUAAUAGGAGAGGUGUCCCCAUGGUUUGGCAGGAGGCACGGUGAGGUAAAUUUUUAUCUUACCCAAUUUCUUACCUGCCAUGGCCACUUUAAUUCCUAUCUAUUCCGGAGAAACCGUGAGGAAAGUCAACUCUGUGACUACUGUCCAGGGAAAAUUGACGAUGUGGAGAAUACAUUCUAUGAAUGUAACAGAUGGGCUGGAAAUAAACAUGCCAUUGAAACUCUUCUUGGAGAGGCCAUCACUCCAAGAAAUACAGUUUCUUUAAUGCUUUAA